CACCGACGAUUUCCGCUGGCUUUGGUGUCUACUUUUGUGGCCUGAGACUUUCGCUCGAGAAGAUCGCAAGCGUUACACAUUCAUCCUUCGCGAACACGAUGCCGCCCUCACAGGCAGGCAGCAUCGUGCAUCACGGUCAUCAUCCUGGUGCAGGCUCGCCCGCUGGUCCCCAUCCGCAUUAUGGCUUGCAUCCUGCUCAUUAUGGACAACACGGCGGCGGCGCAGGCGGCCCUCCACCACCCCCAGCACCUCACGGCUCUGUGGUUGCGCAGCAUGGCAUGCCACCAGCACCUCAUGGACUUGGACCACCCUCGCACCACGUUGUGUCCCACGGGCCUCCUCCCCCUCCUCCAGGAUUGUCGUCAAAUGGGAUGGGACCCCCGCCUGGCGUGCCCGCCUCGCGCUCUAUGCAGAACGCGGGACCUGGCGGUGUUCUACCUCCACCUGGCGCGGCACCUAACGGAGUUCCAGGAGGCAGUCACGCUGCUUCUAUGCCACCUGGCGGACCAGGAGCAGGCCCAGGCUCCGCGGCAGGAGGGCCCAGCGCACCCAUCGAUGGACCCCCCACUCGCGCUUCCUCUGCUGCCGGACAGCACCCCAUGGAUGGAAGUGUAGGUCAGCCAGCUGGCAUCAUGCAAAAAUUAGCGCAAGCCAAUGAGAAUGCUUGGAUAUCUAUAGGAUCUGCUGCUGAUGCGAUGGAAGACUUCGACAGAGCCAUUGCUGCAUACGAAGCCGCUCUCCGCCACAACCCCUACUCUGUUCCAGCCAUCAGUGCCAUCGCUGGGGUGCAUCGAACGAUGGACCACUUUGAAAAAGCAGUGGAAUACUUCCAGCGUGUCCUUAAUAUUGUGCCAGAGAAUGGGGAGACUUGGGGCGCCAUGGGUCACUGUUAUCUCAUGAUGGACGAUCUGCAAAAAGCAUACACUGCGUACCAGCAAGCGCUGUACCACCUUCCGAAUCCUAAGGAGCCCAAGCUUUGGUAUGGUAUUGGCAUUCUGUACGACCGCUACGGAAGCCUUGAGCACGCUGAAGAAGCUUUCGCAAGUGUCGUGCGAAUGGAUCCCAAUUACGAGAAAGCGAACGAAAUUUAUUUCCGCCUUGGCAUCAUCUACAAGCAGCAGAACAAGUACCAGCACAGUCUAGAAUGCUUCCGUUACAUCCUGUCUAGCCCUCCUCGGCCCCUCACCGAGAUUGACAUCUGGUUUCAGAUCGGUCACGUCUACGAACAGCAAAAGGACUUUGGCGCUGCAAAGGACGCGUACGAGCGCGUGCUCGCGGAAAAUCCCCACCACGCGAAAGUCCUGCAGCAGCUUGGAUGGCUUUACCACCAAUCGAGUGCGGGAUUCCAGAAUCAAGAGCGCGCCAUUCAAUUCUUGACCAAGAGCCUUGAGUCAGACGCCAACGAUGCUCAAAGCUGGUACCUGCUCGGUCGCGCUUACAUGGCUGGCCAGAACUACAACAAAGCCUACGAGGCGUACCAGCAGGCUGUGUAUCGAGACGGAAAGAAUCCGACAUUCUGGUGCUCUAUCGGCGUGCUCUACUACCAGAUCAAUCAGUUCCGCGAUGCACUUGAUGCAUACUCGCGUGCUAUUCGCCUCAACCCUUACAUUUCCGAGGUUUGGUUCGAUCUAGGCAGCUUGUACGAGUCCUGCAACAACCAAAUCUCUGACGCUAUCGAUGCCUACGCUCGAGCGGCCGAGUUGGACCCCGAGAACCCUCACAUUCAGCAACGGCUCAACUUACUCCGCAACGCUGAAGCUAAGGGAGAGCAGGUCUCAUCCGCACCGAUUCCUCAAGACGUGCAUCCCACCGCGUACGCGAGUGUGGGUGGCGCGCAACCUCCAGGGCCCCCUUCGCGUAUCGGUGCCAAUGGCAAUGGACCGCCUUCUGCCGCUUUCCCUCCGCAAGGCCUUCCAGGCCCUGAUGGCGGUCCAAUGCGAGAGUUGCCAGGACCUAAGCGUAGCCCUUCGCCGCCACAAGGUUUCCGCGGGGGACGACCUCCAUCUAUUCCCAACAUUGACGACCGCGGCACCAAAUCCUCUAGUCAUGCGACACUGGCUCCCAUGGAUGCGCCUCCUAUCAACGAGAGCGGCCGUUCACCACCGCAGCAUCACCGCUUCCAGCACGAACGUACUUCGCCCGGUCCUCGCGGAUUCAAUCAACCAGGUCCUCCUGGACCACUUCGGCAAUGGGACGGCAAUGGGCGCAACAACGCCUAUGACAGAGAGCGCGAACACGAUGGUCCACGCGAUCGUGAGCAAGAGGAGCAUUCGCGCCGUGGCUACGGCGGAGCGCCAAGAGGGAGCCACCCAGACGAGCACUCUGGCCAUAGUGGGUAUGCCAACGGACGGAGCGGACCUGCAGGAGCGCCACCUCUUCCGUUUGAGAGACAGCCUUACGGGAGAUACGAUCCGGCCUAUGACCGAGAGCGAGAGCGUGAGAGAGACAGAGAUCGUGAUCGGUAUAGCCGAGGCCCAAGCGGGUUUGGUCCACCUCCACCGCCUAUCAUCAGCGGCAGCGGUCGCUAUGAUCCCCUCAACGAUCGAUCCGAGCCCACUCGUCACUCGGACACUGGCUCGCACAAUGGUGAGCCUACGCGAGAGACACCGUUCGGUGAUGGCCACGGCUCAGCGAGUAAGCGCAAAGCUGGUCGUCGCAGCGCGAAGCCCAAAACCGAAGCACCAGGCCCGUCUCCUUCGCGCCGAAAAGCAAACGGCAGCUCUCGAUCGCAGUCGCCGGGUAGCUCUCGACCUGCGUCAACCUUUGGCGGCAGCCGCGGAGGUGUUCGAAGUCCAGAUCGCGUCAAGACGAGGAUGUCGCCAACUUCUGACCGCGGCUCGCCUGCGGGUUCUGACGCCUCAUCUGGCAGCAGACCCCUGGCAGCUGGUCUCAGCGCUUCGCAUGCAGCACAACGGUCGCAAGCUCCGAUCGCUUCGCGUAGUGUGGAUGAGGACUACGACAAUGGUGCAGCAGAUGCGUUGAUGGGGCUCGCUGGCGCCGCAUCCGCUUCCAGUAGCCUUCCUGCUCGCCCGCCCACUUUGGACCAUCCUUCCUCACGUCGCACUGCCUCUCCUCCGGCCAAAGGAGGUCUGAGCGCUGAUUCGAUGCAGAGCGAACGAGCGAGGUCAGCACAACCUGCCGCCCAUUUGCAUUCUGCAGAUGACGCUCAAGAUGCGUCUCGGAGCCAGCGGAAUGCAGCGCCGAUUCCUGACGAUGGCAGCAACGCGCGCGCUUCCAGCAUCCUCGGUAAAAGGCCAAACGAUGACACCGAUCCACGGUCAGCAGACGUAUCACCCCGCGUGACUGAAAAGCGAGCCCGAAAUGUGGAAGGCGGCGCAGAAGACGAUGCGAUGGAGGUGGCUGACCGUGUCCAAAAGGAUGCAGAGGGCAUUAAAUCUGCAACUGCAAGCAGCAACGCGGGGCCCGCUGGAACGACUCCAAGCAAUCCGGAUCCCGACGCGAAGCCGCCCGCGGUGGCAUCCACGGCAUCAGUCGCACCUCCUCAGCCAAAUUCUGCGCCAUCGCCAGAGGAAGGGGAAUUGGACGACUCCUCCACUGAGCGACGCGCCUCUCCUGCCGCGAAGAGCACUGCCGCUCCCUCAGGUGACGGCGCUGAGGUUGAGGCUAAAAUUGAAGAAGCUGACAAUGGAGAUAAGCCCUGACCGCUGUGCUUCCGUUGGAUAAGAUAGAAGUUGUUCGGUGG